GCUUUAUCUAGCUGGGUGACACAAUAAAUUAAUAUUACUCCGUAAAUAUUGUGGGGAGUAGGAAAUAUUUGCCUGGCCUCCUUUUAAAUAUAAAAUCCACCCGUGCAGGAAGAAACAAAUUUUCACCUACCCACCGCUCACAUUCGCCCCAUCCCACCCCUCCCGAAGCUCCGAUAACUUCGUCACUCAUGGCGGCUGCGGCGUCCACUUCCGUCUCUGUAUCCACUUUUUACUCCUCUUUCCGUAAUACCCUAAACCCUCCGACCUCUGUCCUCCCUCACGGCAUCAGAUUCAUUUCUUCUCCCAACUCUUCUCUAAAAGGGCUUCAUGCUCGAGCUCUUCCUUCUUUUGGCUCUGCCUCCGCCUCUGCCCUCUCCGCUCACUCGGUCUCCGCACCAGCCACCAUCCAGGCGCAGCCCCCUCUCGAUUUCGAGACCUCUUUAUUUAAGAAGGAGAAAAUCUCCCUCGCGGGCCGCGACGAGUAUAUUGUAAGAGGGGGUAGGGAUUUGUUCAACCUGUUGCCGGAUGCAUUCAAAGGAAUCAAGCAGAUUGGUGUUAUUGGCUGGGGCUCACAGGGCCCUGCUCAAGCUCAAAAUUUGAGGGAUUCUCUUGCAGAAGCAAAGUCAGAUAUUGUGGUCAAGAUCGGUUUAAGGAAGGGUUCUCGCUCUUUUAAUGAGGCAAGGGCUGUUGGGUUUACCGAAGAAAAUGGAACCUUAGGGGAUAUAUGGGAGACUGUCUCUGGCAGUGACCUUGUGCUGUUAUUAAUAUCAGAUUCAGCUCAGGCUGAUAACUAUGAAAAGAUUUUCUCACACAUGAAGCCAAAUAGUAUACUUGGGCUAUCACAUGGAUUCCUUCUUGGCCAUUUGCAGUCGAUGGGUCUUGACUUCCCUAAGAACAUCAGUGUUAUAGCUGUGUGUCCAAAAGGAAUGGGCCCAUCAGUUAGGAGGCUGUAUGUGCAGGGAAAAGAAAUCAAUGGGGCUGGAAUCAAUUCGAGUUUCGCAGUCCACCAGGAUAUUGAUGGUACUGCCACUGAUGUUGCUCUUGGGUGGUCAGUUGCCCUUGGUUCUCCUUUUACUUUUGCUACUACCCUAGAGCAGGAGUACAAGAGUGACAUAUUUGGCGAACGGGGGAUUUUACUUGGUGCUGUUCAUGGCAUUGUGGAGUCUCUGUUUAGAAGGUACACUGAGCAUGGAAUGGAUGAGGAACUUGCCUAUAAGAAUACUGUGGAGUGUAUAACUGGAAUUGUUUCUAAGACCAUAUCAACACAGGGAAUGUUGGCUGUGUACAACUCGUUGAGUGAAGAUGGAAAGAGAGAAUUUGAAAAUGCAUACAGUGCUUCAUAUUAUCCGUGCAUGGAUAUCUUGUACGAAUGCUAUGAAGAUGUAGCCACAGGCAGUGAAAUCAGGAGUGUAGUUCUGGCUGGGCGUCGCUUUUAUGAAAAGGAGGGUUUACCAGCUUUCCCAAUGGGUAAAAUUGAUCAGACACGGAUGUGGAAAGUUGGUCAGCGUGUCCGAGCGGUUCGCCCAGUUGGCGAUCUUGGUCCGCUGUAUCCUUUCACUGCUGGUGUCUUUGUGGCACUCAUGAUGGCUCAAAUAGAGAUUUUGAGGAAGAAGGGGCACUCAUACUCAGAGAUCAUAAAUGAGAGUGUGAUAGAGUCUGUGGAUUCACUGAACCCAUUCAUGCACGCACGUGGUGUCUCAUUCAUGGUCGACAACUGCUCAACAACAGCACGGCUGGGGUCUAGGAAAUGGGCCCCGCGUUUCGACUAUAUUCUCACCCAGCAGGCACUUGUCACUGUGGAUGAGGGUGCCCCCAUCAACAGGGACCUCAUCGGCAACUUCCUCUCAGAUCCCGUGCAUGGAGCCAUUCAAGUGUGUGCCCAGUUGAGACCCACUGUUGAUAUAUCUGUGCCCGCAGAUGCGGAUUUCGUUCGCCCUGAGCUGCGCCAGUCUACGAAGCAAGGCAGCUCUUGAAGACCAUCACUUUAUGCAAAGUGGCUAUGUAGUAGAGGUCUUUUUCCCCUCUUUUUCACGUGGGAUGUUUUUGCAGUGAACCUGUUCACGGUGUUAAUUUAUUCGGUCAAGAACUAUGCAUCUUCUCGAACUGUUCUAUAUGUUGCUGGUUUGAGAUAUCGAGCCAAGCAAAUGCUCGUCUUUAUUAUUGCAUUUUUAGCUAUUCAUCUUACGGCUUCUUUUCUCUCAAACCUUAAUUUUCCCUUUCUCUAUCGGUCUUCAUUAAUGUGAUUAUGUCUAUUUCUAUCUUCUC